GACCAAAUGACAUAACGCGUGCGCAGCACAGGGCUCAAAGGGGGUCGACCUUGUGCCGCGACGCCUUGCACUCACAAAAUGCCCAUUGCAGAGAAGCUUGUAAAGUCCAUUUGACGACCGCCAUGAACUUGCCAUCCACACGAUGGCUCGUACUCGGUCUAAGUUCUACGCUUCUGUUUGGGAAUUACUACGCUUAUGACAUUCCUGCCUCCCUCUCAACUGCUUUCGCACAGCACUUUUCAUUCACGCCCUCUCAACACCAAUAUAACCUAAACUUAUUUUAUUCCCUCUACUCCCUUCCAAAUACUGUGCUGCCUUUCUGGGGCGGCUACUUGGUAGAUGUGUACGGAACCGCGAAAAUGGUCUGGUGGUUGGGUAUUCUGGUUUGUCUUGGGCAGGCGCUUGUUGCGCUUGGCGUCCAAGUGAAAUGGGUUUGGGUGGUCUGGGUGGGUCGAUUACUAUUUGGAGUCGGGGCUGAGAGUCUGAGUGUUGCGCAAACACGCAUUACGACCAAAUGGUUCCGUGGUAAAGACUUGGCAUUGGCGCUAGGCAUGAACCUCAGCGUUGCCCGCCUAGGAACCGUUUUCAACGAUCUCCUUACACCCCACCUUGCAUACACAAUCUCUACGCCAUUUGCAGUCUGGUUUGGACUGGUGACAUGCUUAUUCUCGCUCACAUGCGGCAUACUGCUCAUCCGACUCGAUCGGAUACAUGACAGCAAGGCAUCCCCGGUCGCCAGGACGGAACGACUGUCACUGCAGAUAGUAAAAUCUUAUCCCUUGACGUUUUGGAUGCUUUGUUUGAUAUUGUGCCUGUUGUAUGCGACGGUUAUACCGUUCAAUACGAUCCACGCCGAAUUUUUGCAGAAUAAGUGGUACAAGGAUGAUCCAGAGAAAGCUGCCCAACUUACAUCUAUUCCGGAUACUCUCUCCGCUAUCCUGGUCCCGUUCAUUGGCCACUUUUCGGAUACACGCGGACAUCGAGUGAAAACUAUCAUUCUGUGUGGGAUCCUGAUUGCAAGUAUCCACGGUUAUUUGGGCCUGGUGAAGGGUGGCAGUUCGUCUUCGCCGAUUCCUGCAUUGGUGGUCUUGGGAGUAUCUUACGCAAUGCUAUUGACGUUUUGGCCUUGCGUGGCUAUCGUUAUCGGUGAAGAGGGAAGCGCCACUGCUUUCGGUCUCACAACCUCCUUCCUCAACAUAUCCCUAACGGUCUUUCCGAUCCUUGUCGCCCGACUCACAACGCUAGACCCAACCUUUCUCUUCACCGAAAUGUUCUUUGUUUUCUGUGCAUUGGGCGGAGUGUUCUUCGCCGUGUUAUUAUUUUUGGUGGAUCGAAAGCUGUUUGGUGGUUUAUUGGAGAAACCGGAAGCUGAGGCUGAGGGCGACGAUGACAUGGAGUAUACAUUGGUGGAAAGACCAAAUGGGAUAGAUGGAUCAGAGGAGGACUUAGAAGGGGAUGUGGAAGAGUUGUGGGAUGUUGGCCAGGUUGGUGUUGAUGUGGACGAUGCCAAAGCGUAGCGCGCAUAUGUACAAUGGUUAGCUUUGCACGACCGGGCUUUCUUUGCUUCCUCUGUAGCGUUGCUACAGUACGGAAGAGCCCUUCGCUAUAUACUAUAUGAUGUAUAUAUACAUCCCGGUAAAGGUCUUUAUUUUCACUCUGUAUUUUCAAACUACUGCAAGAUAUAAUUCUUGGC